AUGUCUUUACUAGAGGGUUCAGUGGGGGUAGGAGACAUGGUCCUUCUGGAACCCCUGAAUGAAGAGUCUUUACUCAAGAACCUUGACAAACGAUUUCAACACAAAGAGAUUUAUACCUACAUUGGGAAUGUGGUGGUCUCCGUGAAUCCCUACCAACAGCUGCCCAUCUAUGGCCCAGAGUUCAUUGAUAAGUACAAGGAAUACAACUUCUAUGAGCUCAAGCCACACAUCUAUGCAUUGGCAAAUGAAGCAUAUCAAUCACUGAAGGAUCAUGACAGAGAUCAAUGCAUCCUCAUCACUGGAGAGAGUGGCUCUGGGAAAACUGAGGCCAGCAAGUUGGUGAUGUCAUAUGUGGCCGCUGUGUGUGAGAAGGGAGAGCAGGUGAAUUCAGUGAAAGAACAGCUAUUGCAAUCGAACCCUGUGCUGGAGGCUUUUGGCAAUGCCAAGACAAUCCGAAACGACAACUCCUCCAGAUUUGGCAAAUAUAUGGACAUUGAAUUUGACUUUAAAGGCUCCCCCCUUGGUGGUGUCAUCACAAAUUAUCUGUUGGAAAAAUCCCGGGUAGUGAAGCAUGUUAAAGGAGAGAGGAACUUCCAUAUCUUCUACCAACUGCUAGAGGGGGCAGAUGCCCAGUUGCUGAAGGCACUGAAGCUGGAAAAAAAUGUGAGCUGCUACUCAUAUUUGAACUUUGAGGCUUCCAGGGUAGAUGGGAUGGAUGAUGCAGCCAACUUCAGAGCUGUGCAGAAUGCCAUGAACAUCAUUGGGUUCUCCUCUGAGGAGAUCCAGAAGAUUCUUGAAGUGAUAGCCAUAGUGCUAAAGCUGGGAAAUGUGGAGGUGGGAGAUGAAUUUCAAGCCAAUGGGGUGCCAGGGAGCAGUAUUCAAAAUGAAAAAGUUCUCAAGGAGAUUUCAGAUCUCAUGGGACUGCAAGUAGAGGGGCUAGAGAGAGCCCUGUGCUCCCGGACCAUGGAAACAAAGCAAGAGAAAGUGGUCACUACAUUGAACAAAAUUCAGGCAUGCUAUGCCCGAGAUGCUCUGGCCAAGAACAUCUACAGCCGUCUCUUCAGUUGGAUAGUGAAUAGAAUCAAUGAAAACAUCAAGGUGAGUGAUUCAACCAAGAAGAAGGUCAUGGGUGUCCUGGAUAUCUAUGGCUUUGAAAUACUAGAGAAUAACAGCUUUGAGCAGUUCGUGAUUAACUAUUGUAAUGAGAAGUUACAGCAGGUGUUCAUAGAAAUGACACUGAAGGAGGAACAGGAAGAAUACUUGAAAGAGGGUAUACCUUGGGUGAAGAUUGACUAUUUUGAUAAUGGCAUCAUCUGCAACCUCAUCGAGCAUCAUCAGCAAGGUAUUCUGGCCAUGCUGGAUGAAGAGUGUCUUCGGCCUGGCGUGGUCAGCGAUUCCACCUUCCUGGCAAAGCUGAAUCAGGUGUUCUGCAAACACAAUUACUACGAGAGCCGGGUCACCCAGAACGCCCAGCGCCAACACGACCCCAGCAUGGGCCUUAGCUGCUUCCGAAUCCGACACUAUGCGGGCAAGGUGAUGUACAAUGUGGAUGGUUUCUUGGACAAGAACAAUGACCUGCUCUUCCGAGACCUGUCUCAGGCUCUGUGGGCUUCCAAGCAUUCCCUGCUUCGGAGCCUGUUCCCCGAGGGGGACCCCAAACAAGCCUCCCUUAAACGACCCCCCACAGCUGGAACCCAGUUCAAGAACUCUAUAGCCACCCUCAUGAAGAACUUGUAUUCCAAGAACCCCAACUAUAUUAGGUGCAUCAAGCCAAAUGAGCAUCAGCAACGGGGGCUCUUCUCAUCUGAACUAGUGAAUACCCAGGCCCGCUACCUGGGGCUGCUGGAGAAUGUUCGGGUGCGAAGGGCUGGCUAUGCCUACCGACAGGUUUACGGCGUCUUCUUGGAGAGAUACCGGAUGCUGGGUCAGAGCACUUGGCCCCACUGGCGUGGCCCGGCCAGGGAGGGAGUAGAAAAGCUUCUGGGAGAACUCAGCUUGAGCUCUGAGGAGCUGGCCUUUGGUCGAACCAAGAUCUUCAUCCGUAGCCCCAAGACGCUUUUCUAUCUAGAGGAGAAAAGGAGGAUUCGAAUACAUCAGCUCGUGACACUCGUCCAGAAGAUGUACCGAGGCUGGCGGUGCCGCACCAAUUACCAGCUCAUGCGCAAAAGUCAGAUCCUCAUUUCUUCCUGGUUUCGUGGCAACAUGCAAAAAAAACGCUAUGGGAAGAUAAAAGCAUCAACAUUACUGAUCCAGGCCUUUGUGAGAGGGUGGAAGACCCGAAAGGAAUAUCGAAAAUAUUUCCGGUCAGGGGCAGCCUUGCAUUUGUCAAACUUCAUCUAUCGGAGAAUGGCACAGAGAUUCCUGUUGGGCCUAAAGGAUAACCUGCCAACUAAGAUCACCGACAACAGGUGGCCACCUCCUCCUUACAAAUCCUUUACCCUGGCUAAUCAGGAACUGAAGAUCAUUUACCACCAGUGGAAGUGCAAAAAGUAUCGAGAUCAGCUUUCCCCACAGAAGAGAGAGGUCCUGAAGGACAAACUCUGUGCCAGUGAAUUGUUUAAAGGCAAAAAGGCUUCAUAUCCUGAAAGUGUCCCUGUGCCAUUCCGAGGGGACUAUGUGAUGCUUCAUGGGAAACCCAAGCUGCAACAGCUGCAGAAAGCUGGUGAUGGGCCUGUGCUGAUGGCUGACACUGUGAAUAAAAUCAACCGAGCUGAUGGCAAGAUGGUCCCAAGGAUUCUCCUCCUGACCAAGAGUCAUGUCAUCCUUGCUGAUGCCAAGGGCUCCAAAGUCAAGAGCGUCAUUGGGCUGGAGAGCGUGGAUGAGGUGUCUGUCAGCAGCCUUCAGAAUGGACUCUUUGGCUUACACCUCAGUGAGAUCUCUUCAGUGGGCUCCAAGGGAGACUUCCUGCUGGUCAGUGAGCAUGCCAUCGAGUUGCUGACUAAACUCUACCAGGCUACACUGGAUAAAAUGAAGAGGCCACUACCAAUUACUGUGACUGAAGAGUUCACUGUCAAGUUCAAAGAAGGCGACCUGACUGUGAAGGUCAUUCAGAGCCAGAUGAACAAGGGGAGCAACAAGCUAAGCUGUAAGAAGAAGGGACACAACCAGUUGGAGGUGUUUGCACAAUGAGGGGGCUGGAGAGCCAUUAGCUCCUGUCUCCUGGAAUGGCUCCUAGAAGCAACGUCAUGGCCAGGAAUUGGAGAAGAGAAUGCGAGAAGGGAAAGUAGAGAAGACUCUUUAGAUUCUCUCUGUCUUCUUUCUCCUCCAGGUCCACUUCCUGACCCUCUUUGGUUCCCAAUAAAACAU